GGUUUAAGCCAUCAAACAUGUUGGUUCUGCGUAAUGUUGUUCCACAGCCUGCUCAUAAGGAGCUGAUGUCAACUGCUUGGCCUUUUCGAGAAAAAGGUUUGACCUCCUUGAGAAGCAUAAGGGUUAUGUUAUUCGAGUUUAAUCUUACCACCAAAAAGAGGGCAUUAAACGGGGAAAAAAUAAAUAAAUACAACGCAGAAGAGCUCAUGAUAAUUAAGACUCAAGACAUCAAAUAUGUGUUCCAAAGGUGGUGGAGUGAAAAAAAAGAGGAGGCUAGAGAACUGGAGUUACAAACUAGAAGCAGAAGUGGUGAUAUCAAUGUGAUAAGCCCCAACUCAGGGGGG